AUGUCUGGUCGUGGCAAAGGAGGCAAAGUAAAGGGAAAGUCUAAGACUCGUUCCAGCCGUGCUGGACUCCAGUUCCCGGUGGGACGUAUCCAUCGUGUGUUGCGUAAGGGAAAUUAUGCAGAACGUGUUGGUGCCGGUGCUCCAGUCUACCUCGCCGCUGUCAUGGAAUACUUGGCUGCUGAAGUCUUGGAGUUGGCUGGUAAUGCUGCUCGUGAUAACAAAAAGAGUAGAAUCAUCCCACGUCAUCUUCAGCUGGCCAUCCGUAACGACGAGGAAUUAAACAAACUUCUCUCUGGAGUCACCAUUGCUCAAGGAGAAGUCCUGCGUGCGUUUGUGAAUGUCAUUAUAGAUUUCAUCUAUGUUAAGUCUGGAUUUGAUGCUGUCAUUCCGCUCAUAAAGUUGAGCAUUGCUAAUCAUUCUUAG